UCCGCCGGGAUGGCGGCGGGGCGGCGGGCGGGCUGCGCCGCGGGGCUGGCGGGGCUGGUCCUGCUGGCCCUGCUGGCCGCCCUGCUGCUCCGCGCCUACCUCCCCCGCGCCCCGGCCAUCCCGCGCCUGUGGGCGCGGCGCGGCGGUACCGCCGCCUUCAGCGCCGGCGAGAGGCUGGAGCUCAAGGAGGUGCUGCGAGGUGCAAUUAAAAUCCCAACUGUUUCCAUAUCUCCAAAGGACUUGAAUACAACCGCCAUGGCAGAAUUUGGGAAUUACAUGCAGGAAGUCUUCCCGGCUGUAUUUUCUUCAAAGUUCAUUCAACAUGAAAUUGUUGGGAAAUACAGCCACCUCUUUACUGUUCAGGGCUCUAACCCUGAACUGAUGCCCUAUAUGCUGCUUGCACACAUGGAUGUUGUGCCUGCCUCCCCGGAGGGCUGGGAUUUCCCUCCUUUCUCAGCUGCAGAGCAUGAAGGUUUCAUCUAUGGACGAGGAGCUCUGGAUAACAAAAACUCUGCCAUAGGUAUUCUGCAAGCUCUAGAAUUUUUGCUGAGAAGAAAUUACAGACCCCAGAGAUCUUUCUAUGUUGGCAUUGGACAUGAUGAGGAGGUGUCUGGUUGGAAGGGAGGGAUGCAGAUUGCAGCUCUGCUGGAAGCCAGAGGAGUCAAACUCUCCUUCUUACUCGAUGAGGGAAGUGCAAUACUAGAUGGCAUCAUUGCAGGAGUGAAGAAGCCAGUAGCUGUAAUUGCUAUCACAGAAAAGGGCUCAAUAACACUGAACUUCACUGUGGAAAAAGAGCCAGGACAUUCAUCCUUUCCUCCUAAGGAGACAAGUAUUGGCAUUCUUGCAGCAGCAAUGGCCAGACUGGAGCAGAAUCCCUUGCGCAACCUGUUUGGCCACGGGCCAGAACUCAUGACUAUGGAGCACCUUGCGUCAGAGUUCAGCUUUCCUCUCAAUCUCAUCAUGAGCAACCUGUGGCUGUUUUCACCUGUUGUCAGCAGAGUCCUGGCCUGGAAACCUUCCACCAAUGCCUUGAUUCGAACUACUACAGCAGUCACAAUGUUUAAUGCAGGAAUCAAGACAAAUGUCAUCCCAUCUUCUGCAAAAGCAACCGUCAACUUUCGGAUCCACUCUGCAGAGAAGGCUGCUGAGGUGCUAGAGGUAGUGAGAAACAUUAUUGCUGAUGACAGAGUGAAGAUUGAUGUAGUAGAGGCCUUUGACCCGCUCCCCAUCAGUCCUUGGGAUCACCAGACGUUCGGGGUCCAUAUUUUUCAAAGAACCAUCCUGGAUACUUUCCCAGAUGUUGACAGUGUAGUCCCAGGCACGUGCAUUGGGAACACAGACAGCAGGCACUUCACCAACGUCACCAAUGCCAUUUAUCGCUUCAACCCGCUGCUCCUGAAGCCAGAUGAUCUUCCCAGGAUCCAUGGGUUGAAUGAGAGAAUCUCAGUUGAGAAUUAUGAGAAACAGGUUGAGUUCCUCUUUCAGCUGAUUAAGAACUGUGACACUGACAGGCUCCCCAAGCCUCACGCCAACUCCCACGAGCUGUGAGAAACACCUGAGAAGAGCAGCUACCAAGGUGGACUCUGGGGUGGCAGGGUCUGGGCUGUAAGAUGCAGUUGUGUGUCAUGUGUUGAAUUACAUCUGGAGCCUGGUUUUUGCAUGUUGUGCUUUACAUACAGAUGGCAAAACUGCUGGUUGCUGCUUUAGGCAAAGCUUCUGUUUGGCAGAGAGUGAUAAGCACCUGGAGAAAACACAACAAAUAACUCUGAUUUCUGUUCCUUCCUGGUCUGAUGUGCAGCCAUUAAUCUGACUGUAUUCAUUUGUUCAGCACUUUCCUUAAGCCUCUGAAGUGGGUAGGCACUUAAAAAUCUAAGCUAUCAGCAGCAGUCACUCUUCUAUCAGUAGAAAAGUGAAUCCUCCUGUGUGUACUUCCUUUGUCACAAAUUACAUGUCUGUCAAAAACUCACCUGAAGGGUUUGUGACAUAGUGCAGGGUCCAUAUAGUUGGUAGUUACACUCAAGAGUUUGUUGCCCUGCUGCUCAGUGGGGGCUUUUUCCCCAGCUGAUGCCCUCAGCUAGAACCACAGCUCUUGCCCCCAGUGCCAGUGUUGACUUGAUACUGCCAAGUUCUCCCAUGCAUGCACUGAUCUCUGACUCCAUUUUAAAAUACUGAGCUCCAGAAGUUCUAGGUGUGUUGUUUCAGAGCUGCUAAAAGCUUUUCUUCCUGUCUUUUCAGUGACUGCUUUUUUUUUCUGUCUUUGUUGGGGUCCAGGAUAUGUUGUGCAGCUGGGUUCCAGAAUAAGGAUUGCAGCUUUAAAUAAGACACUAAAUCAGUAUUGUCUGCUCAUAUAUAUCCUCUUUUCACUGAAUCAUUUUCUGUAGUGAAUGCUUCUCUUUUGUUCCUCUGAGAACUUGAUUGUGAGAGAUGGUGAAGCCCUUCAGCUUGUUCCAGCUUGGUGGGAGCAGAACCUGUGUCCCUUCCCUGCCAACACAAGCAGGUCUCACUUCACUGCAGCGUGGCUGUGGACUCAGCUCUUUGGGAAUCCUGUUGUAGAUGGGUUAUUGAUGUUGGCUCUGUUUCAUCCUGCAGCUCUUGCACUAGCAUGUCUGCCUUUGAGAGCACUGAAGGGUCAAGCAUUCUUUUGGCCUUGGUAGUCUCUUGAGUUGGGCUUGAUGUUAUUAAUGAGACACAGAGAGAAUGAAGAACCUGUUGUCAGCCCAGGUCCUGGCUGAAAGCUGCUGUGUUGUACUGAUGUGUGGGCUCUGCUGCCUCUCCUGCUGCAUUGCUGCAGAGAUCUGAGUCUGAAUUAUACACUGGAAGGGUUGGUUGUUUUGCUCUACAUUCAUAUUGUAAAAUGUCCUGAAAUGUACAGGAGAUCUGCUAAGAUGUAUAAUGAAAAAGUGAUGGAGCUGUGACUCCUUUUCUUUCCGUUCACCACUCUAUUUAUUUGCAGUCUGAUCUUAUCACUGUGGCCCAUGGGCUAUAACUGUAUCAAUCUACUACAUAAUUGAAACCAGAUCAGCAUUUUCAUCUAAUAAAAUAAGGAAUGCAGA